AUGGCUAGUGAGCCAGGAUCUUCACGCCAUGUCGACAAGUUCAGGAUGGCGGGCUUGGACCGUCCAAGCAACCUACUCUUGCUGAACCUCAGACUCAUCAGCUCUCUGACGGAAUUUAUCAAAUAUCUCGGCCGAGAAGGCCUUUGCCGCGUUGAGGAAAAGGACGACGGACUCUAUGUUGCCUGGAUCGACCGCUCUCUGGAGGCCGUUCGCCGAGCGGAUGCACUUAAGAAACGAGACCAAGCCGAUGCUGCGAGCAAGAUUAGAGAAGACGAUAUCAUCAAGGCCCAGAUGGAACGGGCACAAACGAACCGAAACCCAUCUCCAACCGCCACCUCAAUCUCAAUGUCCCCUCCCACUGAACCCGAUCCUACAGUUGCAUUUCAGCUGACAACCGAUAUCAAAGGAACACCAAAGAACACGGGAGGUUCAGCCAAGGAGACCAACGCCUUCAAGUCGGCAAAGCGGGACUUUUAA